AUGUCCGGAUUCGAGGUAGUUGGACUGAUCCUGGCACUGUAUCCUGUGGUUGCAGAUGCGGUUGCCUACUACCGGGGGGUACGAUCUGGAGACAUCAUCCACGAUCUGGUGGAGGAAGUCCGUGCCGAAAGGGUCAUCUUCAGUCACUCGAUUCAACAUCUUUGCCUCUCCCAGGUAUCAGGGACGGAUGUGGUGGGCGUCGUCGACCCUCAGUCAGAGAUUUUCGCGUUAUGGCAGCAGAGCAGCUUCUUGAACAAGCUGCUGGCUUCGCACGCCGCGGAGGCCACCACAGCCAUCCUCGAAACCCUGAAGAGCAUACAUUCUGAGCUACAACAGGUUCAUCGAGAGCUAGACAGGAUCAACCCUAAUGCUGUCGAUUUCAGAACCAGGCUGAGAACGUCUCUUUUCACCCUGAGAUCUGGUCAGGAAGCCUCAGCAAUGAAGACAAGCUUAAAGAAGAUCCACAAGCUCAACAAGAGACUCCGCCGACUCGUCUCCUCCCGCCCACAACACAAGCAAGUUCCAGGUCCCGGGGCGGAGGCGACCCUCUGCUCCAGUUCAUGCGCCGGCUUUGCCACAGGUGUCUUCAGAGCAGUAGAAAGUCAUUAUCGGUGCUCCUGCCAACGAAACCAUCCCACGAAACUCCAAGUCCCCCAGUUACCGCUUCGAAGCCAGGACGCUGGCAAGGGCCAAAAGCCGAUGCUGCAACUCUUAUUUUCCGCGGAUGAUGACAUGUUAGAAAAGCGUAGCACUGGGACGAGGGGCUCAGAAUCGACGAGCCAGUCAACCCUGUCAGGGGAGACAUCUGUCUCGUCGUUGAGGUCACAAGGAACUGAUCUCGAACACUCUCAAGCAGAUUAUUCACUCUCAUCCGUGCAGAGUAACAAUUCCCUCACCAGCUCUAUGACAUUGGUGUAUAACCCAAAGUGCUAUUGCCUGGCAGUGACAGAAUGUGGAAAAGACAGAAACGACGAGAUAAGAGACAUUUGCGCGUCCAUUCGAGCCUUGGGGCAAGUGUCCGAUCCGCCCUCCAAGCAGCAAACGCUCGGUGUUCUACAAACGGAUAGCGUCAACUAUGAGCUUAAGUCUCCAAGACCUAUUGGCGAUGGGGACGCCAGAGCAGUCCUGUCACUCGAUGAUCUAUUUACCGGAGAUCGAAGCAAGCUUGCACGCCGACACCGCAUCAGUCUGGCUUUGAGUUUGGCAUGGGGAGUAACCACGCUCCACCAGACUCCAUGGAUCGGUCCGUCGUGGACAUGGAGCGACUUCUCGGCCAUCAUGGAUCGACAGCGAGGUCAGUUUGAUGAGGGUCUAUUCAUCACGAAAUAUUUCCCUUCACAGCAGAAUCUGAAUAUCCCCGAGACCCCCUGUGCAGAAGCGCCCCCUUCCUUGCUCAAAAUUGCAUUAGGAGAGCCAGUCGUCGCGCGACUCGGCUACGCAUUAAUCGAGUUGGCCAAGGGCGAGCGUUUUGCGAGCCUCCACGAACCCAGCGCGUCGACGAGCACAGAUAAGGACCUCCAGGAUCUUUUGACAGCGCGCCAUCUUCUGGAAACGGGCGUGGUAAGGGACGAGGAGUGUGAAGCAUAUAGUGCGGUAGUUCAAGUGUGUCUGUACCAGCAAAUCCAGCGAGAGGAAGGACUGGGCAUGAAGACGCUGAGGUCACAAGACGCAUGGUUCGAGAGGGACUUGACCCGGGCGAUUGUGCAGCCACUUUACAAUAUCUACACGAGGGAAUGGGGGAGUCCAUCACCGGCCGUCUCAGCAUAUUAA